UUGAUAAGUGGAAUAUCACGAAUUUCCGAGCAUGUGCAAGAGAUGGUGGUUUGCUUUCCUGGUUCUGUUUGACAUCAGGUGCCACAUGAUGCCCACCGACAAGCCGCUCCGGCAUGAGCGAAUGGGAGGCAUUGUCACUCUGCAAAAAAUACGUGGGAUUACGAGCAGACAUCGCGUGUUUGUUGUGGGGAACAGGUAAUGGCCCUGUAAUUUACCCCCCUGGAAUGUGAAGCUGUCUGUCGGCCGGGGUAUGGCCCGUGCAACAGGGCAGCUCAUUGCCUGCUCGGUCGAGGCUGGAGCAACACCACCUGGCUCAAGAGACCCGACUCAACUUCUCCUCCCACACUUGGAAUAAUUGAACACUCACUCUUCCUUGCUCAAUCACCUCCAGGUUUUUGCCAUGUCGGCCACGUCGCCGCUCUUUCCCGGAGGACCCUGAGCAAGGAUUUGAAUUUUUGCGCCCACCUGCUCUGGAAGCCGGUCGGGGUGGUUUGGGCCAUUUGGACUUUUUUUGCUUAAUUGGAAGGUGUUCCGGUUUCGUCGCGCGCGGUCAGUCGCUCAGUGCUCAGUCAGUCAGUCAGCCAGCCAGCCAGCCUCAUCUGAAGCUCGUGCCUGCCACUACUCCGCGGUAUACGAGUCGCCGCCAUUCACACCCCCCUCCACCCACUGUCCCCGUAAUAUACCAAGCUCUAACUGACUGCACUGCUCAAACCUGGGACUGCGGGGCACUUUCCCAGGUUUUACUUUAUACCUUACGUACCUGUCCUGUAACUUACACCACCGCCGGCGCUGCAAGAGCAUGACCUGGACCAGGACCGCAUCUCCCUCCCAACCUAAUUCUCAACAUGGACCACGACGCAUACCUCGACCAGCUUCUCGGGCAGCAGCCAGCUCCACCACCAGCCCAGCAUCUACCCGACCACUUCCCAUUCGCCGCUUUAGAGGACGACGAGUUUGCAAACCUCGACCUCGAGCUGUUGUUUGGACGUCAUUUUGGCCGUAACAAUCCGUAAGUCACUCCUUUUUUUCCUUUCCAGUGAGUGAGAGCGGCAGAAUCACAUGUGGUAGUCCCACGGCAAACGAUAAACUGCUCUCGUAGUGGGGGGAGCAGCAAACGUCCGUCCGGAACUCAAGCCACUGUGGACUUUUGAGUUCGUUCUUUCGAGCACAAUCUUGAACCUGCUGCUGGGCUGCCUCGACUGUUUGCCUGCACAUGCAUUCCGACAAGGGCAUGUCUCUCACCUUCACCCAUUUCCACACACUCAGCCCUCGCCGGCAGCAUCGGGGUGUUUUCACCGUACCAUGGGCAGCGCCCACUCCAAACAGGAAUCAAGUCCCGAUGCACGGGAGCCACCGCUGAAAAGGGACCGGCUUCAUCGUUUGCGGAAGUCUCUGCGAAGCCACUCCCACCGCCGAAACCUGAACGAGCAAAACAACGAGCAAACCCAACCCUCUGACAACAUCAACAGGCCAGAAAACGACAACAACGCCGUCCGGGAAAUGCCCCCAGUGCGUAGGUCCCAGGGCAACGUGGAUCCAGAGUUGAGCACAGAAGCGUGCAUGGAAGCCGCACUCAAUUUCUUCCCCGACAUAUGUCCCGACUAUCUGCGCAAGACCGUCGAAAGUCAAAAGUGGACAGCCCAGGGCCUCGUCGGCCACAUUCUUGAUCAGCAAGAAAGCGGCAAGAAAUAUCCCAAGCGUGUCAAGUCCCUAAAGCGCAAGUGGGAGGAUACUGGUGAGGACGGCGAAGAAGUGCUCAGCAAGAAAAUGGAGGCCGAGCCAAGAUUUCAAGGCAAGACGACGGAGUACAUGAAAAAGUACAAGGGAGCAGGAUCUCUCCUUGUGGCCGAGUUUCCCGACUUCAAGGUCAAGAAUAUAGAGCAGCAGUUCAAACUGCACGACCAUCGCAUUUACCCAGCAUAUCUUGCUCUAUGGGCCGAGCUUGCUCAAGAAACCUCGGCUUGGCGGAAAAAGUCGACAACCAGGCCCAAAAUGACGCUCGGCGACACGGUCAAAAUGUUCUCUGAGAGCGCCGACGAGGGAGAGAAAGGGGCUGUGGAAGACUUCGUGGCUGCCCGUCAAGUUUGCGACAUCAGAGCUGCCAAGGCAAGGGCGAAGAAGGCGGAAGAAGACGCCGAGGCGGCCAAUUAUGCGCAAGCAGAAGCUGACGGUACCAUUUUGGAGUGUGGAUGUUGCUUUGGGGAUUUCCCGCAGAAUCGAAUGGUGCACUGCAACGCGGAGACCAUCCAUUUCUUCUGCCGAGAAUGUGCGAAGCGCAUGGCGGAGACGCAGGUUGGCAUCUCCAAGUAUCAGCUAGACUGCAUGUCAACAGACGGCUGCGAGGGCACCUUCAGCAAGAGCCAGAAGGAUUUGUUUCUCGACGGAAAGCUGACUGUGGCUCUUGAUCGCAUCGAGCAAGAGGCUGUCCUUCGCCUGGCUGGAAUAGAGUCACUCGAGACAUGCCCCUUUUGCCCAUAUGCGGCCGAGUACCCGCCCGUCGAGGUGGAUAAAGAGUUCAGAUGCAUCAGCGAGGAGUGCGGCCGUGUAUCCUGCAGGCUUUGUCGGCUGGAGACGCACACGCCCAAGACUUGUCAAGAAGUUGCGCGGGAAAGUGGAUAUUCUGCUCGCCGUGAGAUCGAGGAAGCAAUGUCUGCCGCCAUGAUCCGGACCUGCAACAAAUGCAAAACACCCUUCAUCAAAGAGAACGGCUGCAACAAGAUGACAUGCACGAGGAAGGGCUGUGGCAACAUACAAUGUUACGUCUGUUCCAAGUCGUGUGAUUACAGCCAUUUCGACGAGCCCGCCCGCGGUGGGAAGCCCGGGAACUGCCGUCUUUUUGACGAAACCGAGGAACGCCACGCACGAGAAGUUCGCGAGGCCGAAGAAGCAGCUCGCAAGAAGGUGGCGGAGGCGAACCCUGAAGUCGAUUCCUCCCUCCUCGAGAUCAAAUUCUCCGACAAAGUCAAGCAAGACGAGGCCAAACGCGCAGCUGCCCAGAUCCCUCAAAGGGGCGGCGUCUUUGGGCCCCGGAACCUACCCGUAUAUGUUCCCCCACGAAUGCCAGCAAUUGCCGUCCCGCCGAACCAGCCCAAUGCACCAGUUCCUGCCGCACCAAUGGCUCUCCGCCCCGACCAGGCGAACGAGUUGCAAAGACGGAUGCAGGGACUGAUUGGGUUGGACCUGGAGAUUGGGAUAGAGCCUCUGCCUGUUGAGGCUCAUCGAAAUGUGCAGAUGGCAGUAAUACUCCCGCCGGAUCCCAACCGGGAAGCCCGGAUGCAGCAACAGCAGGCGCUGCUGCGCGCACAAAUACAAGCGCAGCAAAUACAGAUGGAGCAGGCCCGGAACAACUUCCGGAUACAGCGCGAGCAGGCGGCUGCCCAGCUCAACCAUGCACGCAACGUCCAGCAAGAAGCGAUGCAAAAUAUGCAACGGCAAGAACUCCAACUACAACAGCAUAUAGCGGAUCACAUGCACCGCUUUCCACAAGGGGUUGCUUUUCCUGCCGUUCCGAGACCUGCUCCCGGGCCUGUCCUGAUGAACCCCGAGCAUUUAUUUGCGCCGGCUGGAGCGGCUGGACGGCUGUUCAAUAUUGGGAAUCAUGCGUAUCAUGAACCAAACGCCCAUCACCCAGCUGCCGCGGUUGGCAACCCUCAACAGGCUGUUGCGGUUCCAAAUCGACCCCAGGCUCUUGCAGCUCCAAACCUGCCCCCGCACAGAGUCGCCAACGCGGCGAACAACAAUAAUGUUAAUGAUGGUGGACCAGCUCAGCAGCAUGGGGAUGGGCCAAGACCUCUGGCGAACGACGUAAUCAACCUGACCGCGUCCCCACCAGCCCCGCGGGUGAAUGGGAAUGGUUACCGAGCAGAAUUGUACAGUCCUCGAUGGGGUCAUGGGCCUCCACCUGUCCGCUGAAGACCAGGGACAGUCGUGUUCUUGAAACGGUACCACGAUGCCUCCUUGGGGCUAUUUGGAGCCUGAGGCUGCUUUUUCUUUUGUCAGGCUACGGAUCAACUUUCUUCGCCUCGCCUUCCCUUCGGAUUCACCUCUCAGUGGCGUUUUGCACCUGGCUUGGCUCAUCCACCAUUUCUGUUUAUCAUUCGACAGCCUUGGUCAUUCAUUUGGCGUGUGUUUGGGCUGGGUUUUGUCGGAUUUGGGGAGUCUUGGGGGUUUGGGACGGGUUCAGCGCUGUGUUUUUUCAUUUUUCUUGAUCGUUGCAUAUUUUUUGCUUGUUGGUUGAUAUGGGAUUUUUCUUUCGAGAAGAGAAGAAGUACCUACACGAGGAAGGGAGAGAGCAUUGCAUGGAUAUUGUAAUUAUGCUAAGGAAAAGGGGGUAUUUAAUGCGUUGGAAUUUAUUGUUUUUUUAUUCCAAGUCCUUUGCUCGACAAGCAAGAGAAGCGGAGGGGUGGGGGCGGGGCUAUCUUGAUUCGAGUAUGAUAUGGGCAACAGGACUAUAUUUGGGUGGGUUGGGAAUUUGGGGAUCGGUUGGGCUGGUUGGUUCUUUGUAUUUAUUUUGCUUUUCUUCCAGCGGUUGGCUUCUUUAGGGAGGUAAUCUGGCCUGGGAGUAUUUGUCGGAUUUGGGAUUUGGCUUGGGGGGUGCUUUGUGUGUGUGGGUGGGGUGGUGGUAUCGGCGGAUGGGGAGAGCAGGGAGGACCGAGUUAUAUUGCUUCUCUGUCAUGUCUGGGUUUGGCCAACAACAGACAGCACCUUGUCUUGGGCUCUCCUACUGCUAGACACCUCACAACCCUCACAGCAAAUAGCAACAUGAGAUAACAUAGCAUAAGACUCUCGACAGAACAACA